AUGGUAAAUCUACUAGCAUCUCUAAACUCUGCCGAUGAGAUACACUUACUAAUUGGCUAUUCAAACAUCACAAACCUGCGAGUAACGUCUAUUAUCAAUGCAAAAGCAAUCCCAAUAUUGAUUGUGCCAGAAGGAUCAAAACUAUCACCAAGUAUAACGACACAUUGCAACGAAGAAAAGCUCAAAAUACUCAUUGAUAACGAUUUUUCAGAGUCGAAUAUUCGCAAGCAUCUCACAACGCUAGGACGGUCAGAGGUGAAUAAAAUUGUCGAUAAAGUCUUUGUCACUCUCCUGCAAGCGCAACUAGAAACCAAACAGUACAUCUACCGACAAUGCCGCGCAUUACGGAUUCCGAUUAAUACCACCGAUUGUCCAGAACUCUGCACAUUCACUUUACUUUCGACUCACAGCCAGGGAGAUUUCCAAAUGGGUGUGACCACAAAUGGCAAAGGUUGUAAGCUAGCCUCAAGAUUAAGGCGAGAAUUGGUAAGUCAUUUACCACCAAACGUGGAUAAGAUCUGUGACAAAGUAGGUGAUUUGCGUAAGCAGAUCCAAGAACAAGACAAAAUACUUUUAGAGGAGUUGGAAGUAGGAGAACACGAUGAUGAUUCAAUAACAAGCCAUAAAUUCAACUCCCUUGUACAUGAAUUUGACCAAACCCAAGAGGAAAUAAAACUUAGAAGAAACAGGUGGCUCUCUCAAAUUGUUGAAUACUAUCCACUAUCAAAACUAGCCGACUUGUCUAUAAAAGAUUUGAAAACCAUUUAUAAAGAAUCGAGUUUGAAAGACACUAUUGCACAAGAAAACGUAGCUCAUUUGUCCAAGAAAGGUAAAAUUACACUUGUUGGAAGUGGACCGGGUUCGGUGUCUUUGCUUACUGUAGGAGCACUUCAAGCCAUUAACCAAGCUGAUUUGAUUCUCGCAGAUAAGUUGGUACCGCAACAAGUGCUCGAUCUUAUACCCAAAACCCACGGUCCAAAACUUUUUAUUGCACGCAAGUUUCCAGGAAACGCCGAAAAAGCUCAAGAAGAGCUAUUGGCUAUGGCGUUAGAUGGCUUAAAGCAAAAUCAGUUUGUAUUGCGAUUGAAGCAGGGAGAUCCUUACAUAUUUGGUCGUGGUGGUGAGGAGUAUACAUUUUUCCAAGAAAGAGGAUACGAGCCAACUGUUGUUCCUGGGAUCUCAUCAGCUUUGGCUGCACCAGUACUAGCCCAAAUUCCCAUGACCCAUAGAGAUGUAGCUGAUCAAGUUUUGAUAUGCACUGGUACUGGAAGGAAAGGCGCUGUACCAAACUUACCUUUUUUUGAACCUAGCAGAACUACUAUUUUUCUUAUGGCAUUGCACAGAAUCGUUGACUUGAUUCCGUUGUUGAUUGAGCAGAAAGGAUGGGUGAGAGAUUUACCUGUAGCGAUAAUUGAACGCGCUAGCUGUCCAGACCAGAGAGUUAUACGCACUACUUUGGAAAAGGUUGCAGAGGCUGUUGAAACGUGUGGCUCGAGACCUCCAGGACUUUUGGUCACAGGGUAUGCAUGUAAUGUUAUUUAUAAGCAACUAGCUGAAGAAACUACAAAGGUUGAAGAAGGAUUUGAAUGCGGCUUUGAUAUAUCUAAAUUGUUAGUUGCAUAA